AUGUAUUCUUUCAGAUGGGUUCUGAUUUUUGGGUGCCUUUGUUUUAAAGUGAUUCAAACUGAAGCCUCACAGUGGACAGUUAAGGUGCCGUCCACAGUUAAAGGUCUCCCUGGAUCCUGUGUCGUGAUCCCCUGCUCAUUCAACUACCCAGGUACAUAUGACAGGAGCCCUGUAUUCACUGGGAUAUGGCACAAGGUGUCAGAUCAGGUCAUCUAUCACUCUGACAAGUCAAAGGUGAUGCAGCAAUAUCGGGGUCGAACAGAGCUGCUGGGAGACGUCAGGCAGAAGAACUGCACGCUGAAGAUCGAUCCCCUUCAACACGGUGACCAAGGGCCUUUUUAUUUCCGGAUCGAAAUGACGGACGUAAGGUAUUCCUACAAAGAAAAUCCAGUCUCCAUUUCAAUGAUUACUGAACUCAAUACCAUCCAUUUCUCUAUGGAAGACAAAAUAGUGGAGGGUCAAAAUGUGUCUGCGUCCUGCUCUGUGCCUCACUACUGCCCCACCUCUCCUCCUGUCUUCACCUGGAAUCACCCCGGACAGGAACAUAUUCAAUCCCAGCAGCUUGACGACAGCCAGUGGAAAGCGACAUCUACUCUGACCUUUCAGCCUUCUAUCACUGAUAACAACACGCCGUUACAGUGCACCGCAACGUACAAGGGAGGACAGCACCACCAAGCAUCCAGGGUCCUCAAAGUCCAAUACGCACCAGUGAAUGUGAAAGUGCAGCACAAGUCAGAUGUAAAGGAGGGAGAGGAUGUGCGGCUGAGAUGCUCCAGUGAUGCUAACCCUCCUGCUAGCAGCUAUCAGUGGCACAGUCAAACUGGUGCUCUGCUGCAUAAAGGAAACAGCUACACGCUGCUGAAUGUCUCCAGAAACACAGCAACUCUGUACUGUACUGCCAUAAAUAGAGUGGGGCAAGGCAAAUCCAACCCUGUGGGGCUCAAUGUGUUAUAUGCCCCUGAGAUUAAGAUAGCGUCUUCCUGCUCCUCAGAGGCCGAUAUGAUGAAGUGUGUGUGCAUUGCAGAGUCCAAGCCUCCCUGCAUGGUCCAGUUUGUGCUUUCAGACAGAGUCCUGCCAAGCACCAUUGUUGAGCAGCACGGCUCUGCUACCAUCGGGACCCUGCAGGCAGAGUUUGGAUCCUCUCAGGUCAUCUGUCUGGCAACCAACACGCUGGGCAACUCCAACCUCACACUCUCUUUACCUGUUAACAGUAAGAUGCAGACUCUUGCUAUUAUCAUCGCUUCUGGAGCAGGCGGGAUUUUGGUGAUGCUUUUAAUAACAAUUAUCAUUGUUAAAAAAUGCAGGGGGAGAUCUGAGGAUGCACCAACACCUCACAUGAGCACCACGAAGGCAGACAAAGAUGUGGCACUCCCUCAUUAUACUGCAACCAAGAGGAAAGAGAGGAGCUUUGAAGACGUGCACUGCUCUGACAUUUAUGCCAAUGAUCCUGUUUAUGGCAACAUGGAGACUGACUGGGAUGACGCAAUAUACGCCAAUUGCUGAGUUCAAAGGAGGAACAGCUGCAGUCUCUCUGUGUGUUGUGGGUCAAGAAAGAUGUAAAAAAAAUAUUCAUAUGUUACCUUCUGUAUAUAAGUGCUAUUUAUCUGCCUCCUUUAAUUCACAUAUAUUUUUUGAAAAAAGUUUUUUACCUCCCAAAAAUAACUUUCAGUAUUUGCUUUCUCAUCCAGAACUUUUCUCUGACUACCUAUGUGUUGGGAAAAAUCUCCAUUAAACUGCCUUUUUUGUACUUGCUAAUAUUUUUUAUGACUGUUAUUUUCUAUGCAAUCCAUUUCUCAGUAAGAUCACAUUCUGCGCAAGUUACACCUUUUGAAUUUCCUCUUUAGCAGGCAUGAUUGCUUUAUCAUAGUGACAGAUAAGAACAGAGCUGUCAA